AUGCAGCCAGCACCCUCGCCGACCCCGCCCCCUUCGCUCUACUGUACUUCGUUGAAACGCUGGAGCCCGCGGCGGAGCAAGCGCCGGGCGGGCUGCCCGGUCCAAGAACCCGACCCACUUGUCGCCUGCUUGCCAGGGGUUUUCCUGCCGCGCGCGAGCUGUCAUCGGGGCAGCGGCUCUGCCCUAUCCACGGGCGACAAGGCGGAGGACGGGAGCCCCUGCCCCGUGGGACGCGCAGUGCGCAAAGGCAGCCACGCGGAGGGGGCCCGGCGUGGCCCGCGUGCAGCCCCAGGGCACAACUUUCUAGUCAUUGUCUUGGCCCAUUCAUGCCUCCUUCACAGGUUUGUUUUGCUGUCCAAUCCUGGUUCACAAAAUCAACAACUCUGUAAGGUUGAACCGUUCACUGUACUUGUCUUUGCAGCUGCCGUAGGAGGGAAGGAUCAACUCUUCCUUAUUUCUCUGGUCUACGUUCUCACAUCCUGGCUGACUGGGGUGAUCUAUGCUUUGAACACUAAAAUUGAUGAGCAUGAGGAGAAUAUCCAGGCUCUGAAAGACACCCAUCAGGAAGAGGUUCAACGCAUCCUUGCUGAGACCAGGGAAACUGUCCUGCAGUAUGAAAGCAAAGUGGAGGAAGCUCAGAUGCUCCAGAGGCACAUCCAGGUCCUGGAAGCAGCCUUGGAGAAACACAGGAAGCAAAAAGAGGACGCUUUGUCAGAAUUUGCCACGUGCAAAAAAGAGUAUUUAGAGGCUGAUCCACAGGCCAGACAAGGAAGUAAAAUGUUCCCUUUCAAGGUAGGACACUCAGAGCUAGAUGUUGAAAAGAGUGUUUGGGCUUGCAAUGAGGAUCCAUCAGGCUUUGCAAACCAACCCUGGGCAUUUGUGAGGGACACAUGGGAAAACCAGGGAAAGUUAAGUGGAAUUCCUGGCAUGGAUCUCCAGGAGGUAGUGAGAGAGAUGGUGAAGCUCAAGUGGGAGAAUCAGCAAUCUACAGAAGAUUAUACAAGAGAAGCAGGCCGGGAAAGAGAGAAGGCCCUGCAACAGCCAUCGGCUGAUCCCUGCAAAGAAGGGCAGCAAAGGAAAAACAGCGGGACCAAAGAUGUGGCUUCAGGUCAACAAGUAGGGGAACUAGAAGCUCACCUGGAGGCAAGAGGCCAGGAAAUCAGUGAAUUGAAGAAGUAUUCCCAGAAGCUGAAGGAGAAGAUGCAGGACUUGGAAAUGCAAUUAAAGGAAGCACAACAGGUGACUAUGGAGUCUCAAAGUAUUAGUAAAACAUUGGAGGAGGAGCUGGUUAUUGCAAAAGAAAAACUUCUGUUACAAGAAAAAGAAUUAAUGCAUAAAAGAGAAGCGAUGCAGGUAGCACCGAACUCCCGCAGCAAAGCUAGGAGUCAAGUGGAUGGACUGAAGGAUCGGAACUUGCACCCUCAGCGGGCAUUGCCCAUCAGACACAGUCAAGGCAGCCAAGGUGGUGGAGCCUCUCAGAAGAAACAUGAGAAUGAGCUAAGGCAGCUGUAGUAGGAAAAGAAAACAGUAAAUAGAAAGCUUUAGGAUUGUAAAACCAAAGUCCAUGAUCCAUUUGUACAACAGAGUGAGAUUUCCAAACAGCCUAAAGAAAAAGCAAAAAGCAGAGACCAGCCAACCUCUGCCCUGAGCACCAGGAAUGGAGAAAAACAAAGGCUGGAUCCUCGAAGUACACCCAAAAAAGAAGACAAGCGGUCUUCUACAAGUCUUCCAAAGGAGACAACCAAAACUUUGCAAGAGGAAUGGUACUACCAAAAGACAGAAUUGGAAGCUCAAGUCACACAGCUGAAGCAAACAUUAGAACAACAAGAAAAAACUUUCAGAGAAGCCUUCAAACAACAAGAUCUCUUUUGCUCUAGUAAAGAGAAAGAAACAGUGCUGCAAGAUGCCAUUAAGCAAAACCAAGAUCAUGAGAUUCAGCUGGAACCAUCCAAGCAGAAAGCUGUUGAUCUCCUGGAGAAAGAGUUCAAGGAGGUCAAUGAGACUUGGAAGAAGGAGUAUGAUGACAAAUUCAAGGCUCAACAGCAGUCACACCUUCGAGAAAUGCAGGCCUUGGAAGAGAAGGCAGGGAAAGUGUUACAGAGUGAACUGAAGAGGAUGCAGACGCAGCAGUCUUUGUUGAUAGACUCUCUGAGAAAGGAGCUGUCAGAGAAACAGGUAUCUUCCAUGAUCCACAGUAAAGUGAAAGAGGAGCUUCAAGAGGAACUGAAGAACUUGAUGGGCGUCCAGAAGCAACAGGAAGAAAGUUACCAAGAUCAGAUACAGUCUCUUAAGGAUGAGCUGGAGAAAUGUCAGAAAGAAAUUUCAGAGCUCAAGAAGGAGAAUUCCUUUCUAAAGGACGCAGUGGAGCUGCUGAGUGGAGAUGUGGAGCUACAGAAGCAAACUGCCUCAGAGCUUCACGGCAGGGAGAACCAAGAGAAAAGGUCUAGCACUUAUUUUAUGUCUUUCUUGUAGUGUCUUAGAAAAGCAACAUAUCCAACCUGCUAAAACUCAUGAGUCUUGCCCAGAAUGAGUUGCAUGCAUCAUUUGUAAGA